AUGGCCGCUAUGACGCCCCACCGCCAGAGGUCCAUUAGGCGGAGCCGCCACCUGCACUGCCCUGCCCGGGCUCGUGAGCCCCGUCCGCCUCCGCCAGUCUUGUCCUUUGGCUAUCUAGAUGCCCGCCUUGACCGUAUUGAGUCCACUCAGAAGCUCCUCCUCUGGCGUCUCGGCAUCCCCUAUGUGCCUUUCGGCCACUCUUCUGGGGCCUCCACCUCCAGUGACGGACCGUCUGAUACCAGAUCACAGGAGGAUGGUGACUACCCGGGCUCGGAUUGA